ACGCCGCCGCGCCCCUCCUUCUUCCGGCCUCGGCAGCCCCGGCCGCUCCCGCUUCUGGUUGAUGCUGCGCCUUUCGGAGUGGAACAUGAAGGUGCUCUUCGUCGCCGCCCUCGUCGUGGGCUCCGUCUUUUUCCUGUUGUUGCCUGGACCUUCUGAGGCCGAUGAGAAGAAGAAGGGGCCCAAAGUCACCGUCAAGGUGUACUUUGACCUGCGAAUUGGAGAUGAAGAUAUAGGCCGAGUGGUCAUCGGUCUUUUUGGAAAGACUGUUCCAAAAACAGUGGAUAAUUUUGUAGCCUUGGCUACAGGAGAGAAAGGAUUUGGCUACAAAGACAGCAAAUUCCAUCGUGUGAUCAAGGACUUCAUGAUCCAGGGUGGAGACUUCACCCGGGGAGAUGGCACUGGAGGUAAGAGCAUCUACGGUGAACGCUUCCCAGAUGAGAACUUCAAGCUGAAACACUAUGGGCCCGGCUGGGUGAGCAUGGCCAACGCAGGCAAAGACACCAACGGCUCCCAAUUCUUCAUCACGACAGUCAAGACAGCCUGGCUAGAUGGCAAGCACGUGGUGUUUGGCAAAGUUCUGGAGGGCAUGGAGGUAGUGCGGAAGGUGGAGACCACCAAGACAGACGGUCGGGACAAGCCUCUGAAGGACGUGAUAAUCGCAGACUGUGGCAAGAUCGAGGUGGAGAAGCCCUUUGCCAUCGCCAAGGAGUAGGGCCCCAGGGACCUCCUCCCUUUGAGCAACUGUCUGUGUGGCCCUGUUGCCCUCCUGGGGGCGAAGACAGCCCGCCACAGGGCUCCGCGCUGCACCGGCCCUAGUGCUGGCAUCGGACGGAGUGGACCCUCCCGUCACAUUCCACAGGCCCGGGGGCCCAGUUUUGUAACAAACUCCUACCAACACUGACCAAUAAAAAAAAAAAUGUUUUUUUAUAA